AUGCACUCUGCACCACUCACGGCACCGCGCCGGGCACAGAGCUCGCUACAGAGGCUGCUGGAUGACCCCAGCGACCCAUAUCUCGCUGCCCUUCAGCAGUUUGACAUUCUUCGUAUUGCCCACAUCGUCGCGGAGGGCCCUGCUAUGUCAGGCGUACCUGCCGCCUUCCUGCGACGCGCUGCCAUUCGUGUCGAGACCGACGGCAUCGCUGCAGCUCGAGCUCAGCUAGCGGCACCCACACCCCUCACGCAGCGUCGCGCACAGUCGUCUGGCGAGGCGGUAUUGCAGUCGCUGCACGCGGUUGGGGUAAAGCAUUGGAGUGAGGCCGAGGCUGCCGCUGCAACCGAGUUUAAGUGCGCGCAGGAGGCCUAUGAAGCUCUUCCGCAGGAGGAGAAAGCUGCGCUGCAGAUGGAGCGCGUUGUGUCACACCUCUUCGACGGCCUUUGCGCGAUGAGUGCCGCCAUGCGGAUGCAGACUGAGGAGGGCGCCCCCUCUCUCGAGGAGCGUGACGCCGCUUUCAGCGUCUACGGGCGCAUCAUGUCGGCCUACCAGGAUGGCGCCAUCACCGAAGAUCGCUGGAGGGCCGACUUUAUGCCGGAGCUUGAGGAGCUGCAAGUUAUUUGGCAGCACCUCGGUGAUCCUCGCGCGAUGACACUGGAGAGGUGA